AUGGGCGACUUUGGUCCCUUCGGCGCAGAUCCGUUUCUGUGCUUUGUGCCUCCGUUCCGCCGAGGUGACGGUGAAUAUGAGGACGAAGACGGACACGAGGAUCAAGACAUCCCGAGGUGUCACCCGCCACUAGGUUGUGGCAUUCACGGCCCUUACAGCUUCACUUUCGAAGAGUUCAGACACCACGAACAGUACUGUCUGAAAGAGCGAUUGGCAAGAAUCAAACACGACAUUGAUGGCUCCCAAAGGCUCCACGAUGCAUUAGAUCUCGUCGACAGAACGGCACGCAGGAAAGGCAACCAAUCGUCCCCAACCACCCCACAAAAGGCCCCGAAGAAGGUCCGUUUCGCUCUCGACACGACGGAGGCUAGACACGUCAAUUACACGGCCACAGACCCGUUCUUCAAAAGUCGGCGUCGCGCCAAUGACCGCCAGGUCACGUACUGCAACGCGGAGUUUUGCGUCUGUCUCGUUUCAAAGUUGUACCCGGGUCAUAGAGAACACCGGGAUUACAGGGACGACUGCGGCAAUUUUACCUGUGGGGAGGAAGGGUGCUGCUGUCAGAAGUCGGCGCGGUUUUUCACUCGGGAAGCCCACGAGUAUUGGGCGGAGCGGCUCUUUCGCUGCACUAAGCUGUACUGCUCCUGCAAUCCGGGGGCGAUAUAUAUAAACCGGCGCGACCACGACCGGUAUGCUGCCGAGUGCUUUAGAGAGGGCAUCCAACAUGAAGGUCGGCAGAAAUUCAACGUCGUCAAUGAAGAGGAUGGUGAAGAGGAUGAUGAAGAGGAUGAUGAAGAAGGUGAUGAAGAAGAUGAUGAGGAGGAGGAGGAUGAAGAAGAAGAAGAAGAGGAUGACGACGACGACAACGACGACGACGUGAUCACGACAGUCCGGGAAUAA